GGCCUGCUGCCUGUUCGCUCAGAACUCCGCUGUGGUUCACGUGGGCAGGAGAGAGCACCACCACCGCGCUUUCAGGCUCUUGGACCACGGCCAGUGGGAGGAGGUGGCGCCGUGCGACUUCGACGGCGAGCAGGUGGCGCUGCUCGACCGGAGCAACGCGAUCCAGCAAGGCGGGAAUUCCACGGUCCGGAUUCGAGUGAUGCAUUUGGAGACGAAUCAGCUGACCGAGGUCGACAAGCUUCAUGGGGCUUCACAGAUGUCGAUCUUGAAGCUGUGGAACUCGAAUUGCAUUGCGUACGCGGUGGAGAGCAUUGCUUCACAACGUUUUGAUUGUGCCGCUUCGUCAAAUUGGCUGAUGCGUGGUUGCAGGCAACAGGGCAUAAUUAUGAUAGCGUGUUAGUUGCGGGAGCGAUGCAAGGACCAGGUGCACGACGAGACUCCUGCGGAUUCGCGAAAGAAGAGGCAUGCACGAGCAAAGCGGCAGCGGCUGCGCAGCCCUUUUGAGAUUCCAAAGCGCCUUUUGUGACGCCGGCUCCCCCUCCGCGCCCCGGCCGUGGCCCUCGAGGUUGCGAUGGCGGCCCGGCGUGAAGCACUGAUCCAGGCAGCCAGCGCCGUGCCGCAUCAGACGAAGGUGAAAUGGCAGGCGGCGUUCAACCAGUUCGACAUUG